GGCAGCGCCGAGUCCCGGUCACCCCCCGUCAGGGCGGCCAGCCUCCCCUCCCCGCUGGGUGCCGCUCCCCGCCGGGGCGGAACGCGAGGAUGGCGGACAACGGGACGGGCGAGCCCCGGCAGCCCCGCUACCGCCGGGUGCGGCUGAUGUGCAUGCUGGCGCUCACCUUCCUCUUCUUCGUGGUGGAGGUGGUGGUGAGCCGGGUCACCGCCUCGCUGGCCAUGCUCUCGGACUCCUUCCACAUGCUGUCCGACGUCAUGGCCCUGGUGGUGGCCCUGGUGGCCGUGCGCUUCGCCCAGCGCACCCGCGCCACCCACAAGAACACCUUCGGCUGGGUGCGGGCUGAGGUGAUGGGCGCCUUGGUCAACGCGGUCUUCCUCACCGCCCUCUGCUUCACCAUCCUGCUGGAGGCCAUCGAGCGCUUCACCGAGCCCCACGAGAUCCAGCAGCCGCUCGUGGUGAUUGGCGUGGGCGCUGCGGGGCUCCUCGUCAACCUGCUGGGGCUCUGCCUCUUCCACCAGCAUGGAGGUGGGGGGCACGGGCACUCGCACGGCGGGAGCCAGCACCACCGCAGCGGCAGCCGCACCAAAUUGGAGCGGUCUUCGGGGGACGGUGAUGCUGUGCUGCGCAAGGAGGAGACCAACACGCUGGUGGAGAAUUGCAGCAGCACCAAUGGAGUCAACCAGGAGAAGCUAGGUGAUGGCAAGGCGGAACUACAAGCAAAUGGGAGUAUUGGUCCUAACUCUCUGGACAUUGAGGUUGAAGAAGACUCCAGUGGACAGCUUAACAUGCGUGGUGUUUUUCUGCAUGUGCUUGGAGAUGCCUUGGGUUCAGUGAUUGUGGUCGUGAAUGCCUCGGUCUUUUACUUUUAUUGGAACCCAUGCCCCAAAGAUGGGCCCUGUUUAAAUCCAUGUGUCAAUAGCCAUUGCGUAGAAAAUGCUACUGUAGCCCCACCGCUUGACAGUGCUGCUCUACUCAUACAAGAGGGUAUUCAUGUAGCUGGUCCCUGCUGGGUGCUGUAUUUAGAUCCCGCUCUUUGUCUGAUAAUGGUUUGUAUACUCCUUUACACAACUUAUCCAUUACUUAAGGAAUCUGCCCUUAUCCUUUUGCAAACUGUUCCCAAACAAAUUGAUAUUUAUUCUUUGAACUUGAAACUACGUAAACUUGAAGGAGUUGAAGCAGUCCAUGAACUACAUGUUUGGCAGCUGGCAGGCAGCAGGAUCAUUGGUACUGCUCACAUAAAAUGUCAUGACCCUGCAUCAUACAUGAAAGUGGCAAAGCACAUUAAAGAGAUUUUUCAUGAUGAAGGGAUCCAUGCCACUACAAUUCAGCCUGAGUUUUCCAGUGUAGGCUCUGAAUCAGGUGUUGGCAAAUGUGAGUUUCCCUGCAGAACUCAGUGUGCUCUGAAGCAGUGUUGUGGGACAGCAGAAGGCAGUACUGAAAAGAAGACAGCAAAGACCUCUUCAAUUGCUAUUUCAUGCUCAGAAAUAAUCAUUGACUCUCCACAUCACAAAACUAGGAGGACUAAAUCGGAAAGUAUACCUGCUGUUAGGCUAGAGGCAGACGAUGACGCAGACACACAAUUUGAAUCAUCUUUGUAAUCUCCAGGGUUGUGCGGUUUGAGUUUUGAUGGCUUCAACUACAGCUUUAUUGUGAGAAGAAGGGACUGAUAUUUGAGAUGCAAGUUUGUCAAGCAAUGUAAUUGCUGAAGUCCCUGUUCUUGUCACAUUGCUAAAUCUAGAAUGCUUGUUUUAAAGAACAUAAUAGCAUUGUCAUGACACAAUGUGUUCGUGUUGACUUUGUAAUGAGCGGCACUGAAAGAGUGCUAAUGCUGUAAACAAAAAAUUAAAAUAUUUUCUCCCCUGAAAAGCUACUUGAGGGAUAAGUAAAUCGGAACUCAGUUUGUGUUAGACUUUUCAUUGGGGCUACUCUUUCCCUUAAUAUUUGAUUUGUAGAUAUUUUAAUAUAUUGUUUGUAACCCACAUGAAA